AAAGGGGAGCAUCUGUCAAAACUCAAAUGAAAUAGCCCCAAAAUGGCUGAGACAGAAACCGAUAAUAACAGUAUUCUGCAGCCCAAUAAGAAUAACAAAACAAUGCAGGCCAUUAAUGGGCCGCGGCGUGUUACAAUUUACAAGACGGACACUGGUUUCGGUUUCAAUGUGCGUGGUCAAGUGUCGGAAGGCGGGCAGCUUAGAUCGAUCAAUGGUGAGCUGUAUGCUCCUCUGCAGCAUGUGAGCGCCGUGCUGGAGCAGGGGGCGGCCGAGCUGGCCGGCAUCAGGAAAGGGGACCGCAUCCUCGAAGUAAACGGCGUGAACGUCGAAGGAUCAACCCACAAGCAGGUGGUGGACCUCAUCAAGUCGGGCGGCGACUGUCUCACUCUCACAGUCAUCUCUGUCACACAGAAGGAAGCGGAACGCCUAGAGCCAUGCGACGACGGCUCAGCGCCCGUCGGCGUGAUCGGCGGCGCGGCCAACUCACGCGCCACCGUCUACCAACGAUACGACUACACGGACAAGCGAUCCCUCCCCGUCUCCAUACCAGACUACCGGCUGGUGAUGGAACGCAACACCGGGCGGUCGUACGUGGCGUUCAAUGUACACAUGGCCGGCCGACACCUGUGCAGUCGCCGGUACAGGGAGUUCGCCGCGCUACAUCAGCAACUGAGGAAAGAGUUUUUAGGCUUCAACUUCCCCAAGUUGCCGGGCAAGUGGCCGUUCAACUUGAGCGAGCAGCAGCUGGACGCGAGGCGGCGCGGGCUCGAGCAGUACUUGGAAAAGGUGUGUGCGGUGCGAGUGAUAGCGGAGUCGGACGCAGUUCAAGAGUUCCUCACCGACUCUGAUGACUCGUCCAACCCCUCGCCUGUUGACCUCAAGGUGCUCCUCCCCGACAAGGAAGUGGUCACAGUAUGCGUACUCAAGUCCACAAAUGCUGACGAUGUAUAUAAAGCCGUGUGCGAGAAGAUCGGGCUCAGCAAGAGCGUGCGCAAGUACUUCUACCUGUUCGAGAUCGUCGAGUACAAUUUUGAACGCAAACUCCAACCGAACGAGUGCCCCCAUUCCCUCUACAUCCAGAACUACUCGACCGCCUCUUGCAGCUGCCUGUGUGUUCGCAAGUGGGUGUUCAACCCGGCGGCCGAGGCGAGGCGCGUGCAGGCCGACGCCACGGCCAGGGCCUUCAUAUUCUGGCAGGCAGUAGAAGACGUGAACCGAGGCGUGUGCGUGGCCGGCCCCCGCCUGUACCAGCUCAAGGCGCUACAAGACGUGACUCGAGCCAGCGACUAUCUCGCUCUGGCACGCACGUUGCCCGGGUAUGGAGAUGUAGCGUUCCCUCCCGCUCGCACUGAUAUGGCUUGCGCGCCGAAUGUUGCUGUUACUGUUGGCUGGCACGGCAUAAAACUCACCCCGUGCACAGACAACAUCCAAUCCCCGCCCACGUGGCUGCCGUGGGCGUGCGUGGGCGACUGGCGCGCCGACGACGAGGCGGCGGCGGUGACGCUGCGCCACUCGCACCAGGCCGCGCCCGCCCAGCUCGCGCUGCACACGCCCCUGUACCAAUUCCUCGCCAACUGUAUGGAUCGAAUAGCGGAGGAGGCGAACUGGGCCGACACCGGCGAAUAAACACCUUCUAGAAGAUACUAGAACGAUCUAGAACGUAAGCGACUUAACUCGUAUUAACUGAACACUUUCCGAACCUUUACACUUGUAUUUAUAAACAUUUUGCUGAGCUACUUCUCAAGUGAAAAUUAUAACUAUAGCUAGAUAGAUAGCAAGUUGAAUCAAAUGUUCGCAUCCAAAAAAGUGGAAUCAAGAGCGCAGUGCGUUUAAAAAUAUUAUAGAAAUAAACAGAAUGCUAAAGCUUAUCUUUGAUGGCGCCACUAUGCCACGUUAUAUGGGCUGAAAGCUCUGUCAUUGGUUGGUUUAUUCGUUGUUGUGAUAAAUCGAUUGUCUGAUUGGCUAAGAAAUUUGGCAUUUUGUUGAUAAAUACCUUUUAGAUCUGACAGAUACCAUGUCUUCGCCAAAUGUUUUAUAAAUACAGGUGUCUACUGAUGUUUUAUAAUUAUAUUAAUUAAACACUAAUACUUAGUCAAAUUAGGUAAAUUGUAUUUGUGGGGUAAAUUAUUAAUUUUACUAAAAAAAUGGCUUAAGAUUUAGAAAGAAAACGAUGGGAAUUGUAAAUGGAAUAAAUUUAAUAAAUAAUGCAUUCUAGAAUAAUUAUUAACAUUCUAUAAUACAAUGUAUAUUGUUAAAGCUUUUCUUUACCUACUUGGUUUAGUAAAAAUGCCGACUAAAAGUACUAGUCCAAAAUGAGUGAAUGUAAUUAAAAUUUAUAAAUUUACCUUUGCAAAAAUACUACAUACAAUUAGUAGUAUUUAAAAUAAAUGCAAAAAGAUUGAAGUUGAAGUAAGUUCAACAAUAAAACGUCAGUAAUAAAGGUUAGUAGUUCUACGGUAAUUAUAUUAUCUACUACUACAUCUUUAUCCUAUACUAAAAUAAUCUAGAUUAAUUUCACUAUUGAAAAAAAUAUUCCCCCUAUAUCGUAACUAUAUUGUUAAUAGACAAACUAUAUUACAUAUAACUCCUGAGAACUGAUAUAUCUUAAUUCAUCUAACAUUUAAGUUUAUUUCGUUAAUGUUGGAAAAGUAUGUGACUCUAAAUAAUUAUUUGGCUUGGUUACAAAUGACAUA